AUGUGUAUCGACAGCACAUCAGUCAUCUGGGGUAUGCGAGGAGAUGCGCCGCCUACAUCGCAAUGGGCUUUCCACAAGUGCCACAAGGCAAUCAGACAACUCAAUAUCAGAGUAAAGUGGUCCCCUGGACAUAUGGAGAUCGAAGGCAAUGAGGAGGCGGAUCGCCUAGCGAAUGCAGGAGCAGUUGGACCCAUGGAUCAAGCGGCCGACAAGUUACCCACGAUCAGUGGUGUGCGAACGAUCUUUCGUAAAAAGUGCCUGCGAGCAGAGACUGACUGGUGGAAAGAGGUAAUUGCCUCCCUCUCGUCUAGCUAUAAAAAGUGGUCUCCCAACUACAAUACAAAGGAGCCGAAAGAACUAGCUCUACCCAGAGGAGUUCUUCAUCGACUACUAGCUAUGAAAACAGGUCAUGGCGAUUACGCUGCAUAUCACCAACGCUUCAAGCAUCAAAACAGCAAACAAGACUGCUCAUGCGGCAUGGAAAAAGAACCUGUUGGGUUUCUUGAGACUAGAAAGAGCAUCAGAUUGAAUUGA